CAGAAUGAAAUACCCAAACCAAACCUAAAAGAAAAGAUCUAAAUAUUUCCCACGGCCGUCCGGAGGAAAUAGAAGGGCCACAUCCUCUGCCGUCAAUGGGGAUACGGCUAAAAAUGCAACGUCAAAUCCAAUGCCCCCUUCCAGAUAUUGACUUUGUCUUCUUCCUUCAGAUUUCCAUUUGUCCCAAGCUAUUUCCUUUUUGUCUUUCUUCAGGCAACUCUUUCCCAUCCUGUCUUUAUAGUCCCAUUCACCUUGUUAUCUCUGGAUUCCAUAACUUCUCACAUAUCUCCGGCAUCACUCCUCCAUCCUCAUCACUCCUACUGAGUAAGCAAUAGAGGGCUAAGAGAAGGAAAGGAAGUUCAGAAGACUGUGAAAUGGGAGAUUGGGGACCAGUGGUAGUCGCUUUGGUUCUGUUUGUUCUGUUGACACCGGGACUGCUUUUCCAGCUACCAGGGAAUAGCCGAGUGAUAGAAUUCUGCAACAGGAAAACCAGCGGGCUCUCUAUUUUUGUUCAUACCGUUAUCUUCUUUGGCCUCAUAACCAUUUUUCUCAUCGCAGUUGGUGUUCAUAUUUACACUGGAUAACAUCUUUGCCAUUCACCACAACAGCUCCGAUCCUCAUCCUCCUCGUGAUGCCGAUGACCUUCAAUAACUUGGUUUCUUUCAGGAAAACAUAUGCAUCUCUCUUAGCUGUAGUCUGCAGGAAAAAAAAGUCUCCUUUCUUGAUCUCCUACUCCUUUCAUGUGUUUUCUUUUUUGUUAACGGUUUAUAUAGUUUUUAGAUCAGUGAUUUAUUAGAAAAAUGUUAUGUACUUUGUUGAAGAAUGUUUAAUUAAUGGGAUCGGGUCUGUUUCAAGUUAUCAAUGUUCAACUUCAAGCUGGUAUCCCUCGACUGGUUGUGAUUUUGAUGCAGUAGAAUUUAGAGGUGCUCUGGGACGACACACUCAAGGUUGUCAAUUCCGUUUC